ACUUGCAAGGUAACUGUCACCCAUUGUAAGCAAGCAAGUCGAACGACCUAGCUGGCUAGCUAACUUUCUACCUACCUACCUGUUAACCUAACGUAUUCAAAUCACGGACGACAAACAGCUACAGGUGUACCAACGUGUUUACGUCACGCCUUUUGUGCUCACGUAGACACCCGAAGGAAAUUUCAAAAAUAAACUUAACCUGGACCAUCGGUGGUGAGGGACUUCUUUUUGAAGUUUGUAAAUUACAAAAUACAAAAAGUGACCACUAGCAACAACUUGUUCAGGCAGUUCCCAAGAAUUCCUUCCUGAAGAUCAAUCCACACCUCUAUGUUCUGAGUGGUGUGAUUUGAUAGCUGAAAAUUUACAACAAACAUCAUAUUUGAAGAAAACCUAAAACCACAUUCCUGUAAGAGAUGAAGAUUGCUGUACUGCUAGCAACAAGCUUCAUAUUUUUGUUGACAGUACAUCAUGUAUCUGCUCAAUGGGAUGCUUCACCCACAGAACGAGAAUCACCAUUUAUCGAAGAUACCUUUCCUGAUAAAACAUUCUUUGUUAACCAGAAACUUACAGAAUAUUGGCAAAUUAAUUACCCGUGUGAAGUCAGCAAGGGAAUACCAAAGCCCGAAAUAUACUGGAAAUGGUACUCAAAUGGUGUAUAUAAAGGUAAAAUUGAUUCAAAGAGUGGAGAUCGAGUAUUAAAUGGCACUCGUCUGGCUCUUAAAAAUAUCAAUCCUGAUGAACGCUACCGAUGUGUUGCUGAGAACAUCUAUGGUACUGCUUUAUCGAAGAAAAUACAUAUUCUCCAGAGUAAAACAACAAAAUUCAACAUUAACGAGAAAGUUGAAGAUACAAUAACCAAAAACGCUGGUGAAACUCUAGUAAUAAAGUGCAAGUUUAUCUCACCGGGGCAACCAGUUGGUUUAUAUUAUUGGAAAACAAAAAAUAGAAUUACUGAAACUGAUCGUAUCUACACCAAUGUUGAGGGUAGUUUAGUAUUUUCUUAUGUGGAGUCAGAUGAUACGAAUACCUAUACCUGUAAUAACAUGAAUCCAAAACAGGUCGCUACAACAGGUGGAGGAUGGACAAAUUUAACAGUGAACCCAAAUACACUUCCAGUAGAAGCUCCUCUUCAAAAGUUGUACACUACAGAAAAUAAUUCUAUUGCCAUGUUUGGUCGUGAGUUCUUAAUUCAGUGUAUGUAUGGUGGCAUUCCAAUCCCCAGGAUUCGGUGGGAAACUCCGCUUUCAAUGCGACCAAAUAAUCCAGAACACACAUUGGUGAUAAAAACUGUUACAGAGAAUCAUGGAGGCUGCUACACGUGUAAAGCUUCGAGUGGUAAUAAUAGAGAUGAAACUAAGAUAUGCAUUCAUGUUGCAGGUCCUCCUAUUUGGGUUAACGAACCUGACCCUGAAAUGACUGUUGCUGAAGAGUCAAAUGUGGUGUUCCAUUGUAAAGCAAGAUCACUGAAGGGAGGAAAGGAAUUGGCUCGGCCCAUAUGGAUGAAAAAUGGAAGGAAUUUAAGUGAUAUAAGUGUAUAUCCUGGAGGAGAAAUGAGAAACAGACUAUCAUUGUCUUUAGAUGGUUCUAGUCUCACCUUCUCAGAUGUCAGGAAGAGCACUGAUAUCUGCAACUUCCAGUGCAUAUACAGUAAUCGUUACGGAGAAAUUUUUGCUGGUAUUUCAUUUAAUGUUAUAUUAAGAACGGAGAUUCUGGUGGCUCCUGAGAGCCAGGUGAUUUCCAGAGGAGACGUUGCUGUAUUUCCUAUUAAGUUUAAGGUUGAUCCUUUGGUGAAAAGCAAAACAGAUCUCACCUGGAAACUAAAUGGAAAUAAGAUUGAAACUUUUGAUAUUGCUGAUGUCCAAAUCCUGCCAAACUGGACUCUAAUAGUCAACACAUCUCAAAUGGAUGAAGAUCGUUUUAAGGCGUUCCUUGGCAAUUAUUCAAUUACAAUUGAUAACAGUGUUGAGACUGUUAUAAAAUAUGCCCUUUUAAAACAGAAUCCUGCAACAGGUGGAACCACCAUGCAAUCAGCCGGUCUCGAUGCCAAGUGGAUUGCUCUUAUUGUAGCUCUUGUCCUCUUCUUUAUCAUCUUCAUCCUUCUCCUUUGCAUACUCUUCAACAGACAAAGUGGCGAUAACUACUCUGUUGAUAAAAAAGAACGGAAAGCCGGCCAUGACCCUGAAAAAGAACUUGCUGACAGUGGAUUUCAUGAUCUACCCCGCACAGACGAUGACCCUGGCCUUAAGAAACCUGACAACCUAUCUAUCUCUAGCACUGGUAAGAGUAUUGCCAGUGAUACGGACAGCAUGGGAGAGUACAGCGACAACGAUGCCGGCAGCAGAUUCAAUGAGGAUGGCUCUUUCAUUGGCGCUUACCAAAGUCAUGAAUCAAAAGGAAAUGAGUCUAAUGUCUAGAUAAUGCAACAUCAGGCAAUGAUGCUGACCAACACUUCCCUCUCUUGACUAGACCGUAACGAAAAAUAAAGAAAUAACAAAAGAAACAACCAAUUUCCAUCUGAAAUCUAUUCUUGCUGUCUUUCAGUCUCAACAAAGCGGCGAUGAUGAAACUUUCCGUCAGACUUGUUCAAACAAAAAAAAAAAGUGAGAAAAUUAUGAAACAAAAGAAAAACAAAUCAAAUUUAACAAAAA